AUGCCACGGCAGGGCAGUGUCACGAAUACAGCGCUGGGGCCCACACUGCGCGAAUACCUUUGGGCUGAAAUGGCGGUAGGGGCCAGCACCGCCAGUUGGGUCAAGGAACUAAAGAGAGAGAGAUUGCCUCUGGCCGAGGUUUCUCACACUCAGUCGAGAGUCGUCUGUAUCAAUAACCAUAUUGCCCUCAUGCUGGGUACCUCAAGCCAGGAGGAGCUCGGCUCAUGGAAGCCAAGAGCUCCUGUGUAUAGAGACUCUGCUCGGAAGCCUGCUCCCUUGGCUGUGCGUGAGAGCUACGUAAACUACGACAGUGUCGGCCAGAACAGAGACGGACGUUCUGAGGUGUCUGUGCCGAUCCUUGUGGACGCUGAGGUUAUUGGAGCUCGAGCAAGGCCCGGUGCCCAGAAUGUCGUAUGGCAUCCCUGGCGUCGCUGCACGAGCUGGUGCGCGAUGGCUACGAAUAAGCGCACGUACUGUACGUACCGCCGUGUCAACGUUGUCAAAGAGAGACGGCAUCUGCCGUACCGCGGUAAGGUACCUCAGUUGCUGUGUCGCGGCGUGUGUGAGAAGUUGCUUCUGGCGCGGUGCAUGAGGAACUCUACCUACCUAGUUUACCACGUUGUGUUUCCACUGCCCAGCCACGGUACUUGCCCACUCCCUACGGAUUUACGGAUAUCCGUACGUACUGUACCCUUCCUCCUCUAG